AUGGAUGGCUAUCAAGAGCAUGGUUCUUCCAUUAAAGCCCUAGCCAAGAUGGUAGCGGCAAUGAAGCAACAUGGGAAAUUUCCACAGAUGUGCGAGAAUCAUUUUACUCUCAUUGUUAUUGCUUCCAAAUUAUCUCGCUCUGAAAGGUUUCCUGAGUAA